CCGCUCGCAGCCUCCGCGCCUCGCUCCGCGCCGACAUGGCAAAAAUGUCCAGCCCCACAGAGACCGAGCGGUGCAUCGAGUCUCUGAUUGCUGUUUUCCAGAGGUACGCUGGGAAGGACAGGAACGCCAGCACCCUCUCCAAGACUGAGUUCCUAACCUUCAUGAAUACAGAACUGGCCGCCUUCACUAAGAACCAGAAGGACCCCGCAGUCCUUGACCGCAUGAUGAAGAGAUUGGACACCAACUCUGAUGGGCAGCUAGAUUUCCAAGAAUUUCUUAAUCUUAUUGGUGGCCUGGCGGUAGCUUGCCAUGACUCCUUUAGCCGUUCCCAGAAGUACGUCUGAGGGGCCCGUGGAGCUGGCCUUCAGACCCGGCCCCUUCCCAAUCAUCAUCAUCUUUUCACAGACCACACACACCCUGAGCCCAGAGUUCCUACCACCCCAUGCAGGCCUCUCCUGCUGGUAGUAAUAAAACAUAUUUUUUAAAACACA